AUGGUGCUGGGAAUGGGCGUUUUGGAUCAAUUCCAGUGCACGGAAGUGUACAAUGCACUGGAUACAGGGAAUAAUCAGUUUGCGCUGCGUAAGGCGGAUGAAAUUUUAAGCAAAAGGCGGAUGCCGCUUGCCAGUGCGUUGCGCUCAAUUGCGCUAGUACGCCUCGAUGACGACGACGAGGCGCGGUGCGAAGUGGAACGGUUGAUGCAGUCAAAUAUCGACACCACGGUCUUGCAUCUGCUUUCGUACGUUAUGCCACACCUCGGAAUGUUACCCAAAUUGGCAGAGCUUUAUAUGGCGGCAAGUAAUGCGAAGCCGGGCGAUGCGAAGCUUGCCGAAGAAGCAUUGCUCACGGCGGUAAAAGCUAGCACUUUUCAGCGCGCGUCGUUGAUGCUCAUGAAAGAGUACCGUGCAAAGAAAAACACAAAAAGUUUUUGGCGUUAUAUGGAGGCUGCAACGUUGCAGUCGCAGCAGCUUGCACCGCCAAGCUCCAUCCUGGCGCUCCAAGUCGCGCACCGUCUUUUAACUGAAUUCGCUCCUGCGGACACGAGCUUUACGGAGGAAACACUGGAACUUUAUUUAAGAUUCCAUAUUCUCCUAGGAAAAGACCAGCUAGCGGUGGCCCUUGCGAUGAUGGACAAGCCGUAUACGAAACAACUGGCAGAAAAAAGUCUCGGUAUCCAAUUUCUCCUGCGCCGGGCUUGGGAAAUGCAUGGUGAUCUGGACCGUAUAUUGGACGAUUGUGGCACGCGUAUAGAGAAGGGUGACCGGAACUGGGCCGUGAUUUCUUUAUACAUCCGUACACUGAUGAACCAAUCGGAAAAGGAAGGACAGUCGCGGCUCACUGCGGAUGAGGUUGCGCCAUUGGUUCAUGCAGUGGACAAGGACACUUGGACAGAUCGUGGGUCCUUUUUGGGUAUCCUGGAGACAUUCCGGCUGGCGAAUGACAAACACAUCUCCGUGGAAGCCCUCGAUUCUCUUGGGUAUUCGUACACGGAGCUUGUACAGAAAUACCUUGCUAGGUUUGGUGACAAAGCAUCUUGCUUUGACGAGCUUCGCCCGUACCUAGCCACUCUGACACCGGAGCAAUACAUCACUCUUUUGGAAUCAUUACAAGCUACGACGCCUGCAUCGAAUGAUACCAUAUUCCGAUGCGUUAACGACGAAAAAAUCAAGUUUCUGCAAUCCAAUAGGAGCGAGGAUGUGCCUGCUACUUGCAAGAGACUCUUUUCUGAAUAUCACCAGGCGAUGGCUGCUCUGCGCUUGCCAGACACUGAAAUGCAAUUGGCGGAUGAUUUUGCACUUCUUGCUGUAUACACUGUUUUAAUCUCCGCACCUACAAUGGAUACCGAAACACUGGUUAACGCCUAUUGCAUUACGUCUUACUCGCUAUUGCGGAGUCCACGUGCUUACAAACUGCGCAUCGUCGGAAUCCGCCUCUUGCUCCAGCUUGGUUGCGCUGCGCUUGCGAUGGAACAGAUGCAGGAUCUGCGCCUCAAAGCCAUACAGCUUGAAACGGCAUCGCAUGUGGCACUGGAUAGAAACACUGCAUUUGGCGGCGAAUUUGCGGGGCUCGUGAAAGAGCACUGGGACACUGUCAUGCGUCCAUUUUACAAGACAUCUGCACAAGAGAUUCCGAAUGUUGUAGGAGAGGCAUUCGUAAAUGGAAAAUUUGCUCAAGUUGGCGAGCUGUUUGAAUUUGGCGAGCGCAUCCGAAAAUCGCUUUUUUGUGCGAUGCAGGAAGUGGAUCUUGUGCGUGCAAGCAUUAUUGAGCAGCAAGUCGUUACGGACAAGACAAUGAAAACGGUUAGCGCUUUGUGUGCGCUUGCGAAAGAGGGUCCAUUCCAUGAUCAGCGCGACAUGGCUUUAGUACCGAACUACAGUCCGUCUACAUGGCCCAACUUGGAGCGUGCCCUGACUUGUGGCCCAAUUCGUAAUACGAAUUGGAUCUUGUGCAUGCUCGAGGUGAUUACGUUGGCCUGCAACUUGCCGAGUCAUAUGGCUGGCACAGAGAGUGAAAUGACACCAGCAGAGAUUGCUCUAGUCCUUCUUGCUCGUGCAUUGCGCAAAGAAGACGCACAAGAUUCCACAGCAUUAGUUGCUUUCCUGGGGAAGAUUGGCAAGCUUGUUGCGGACGCGGAGAAUUAUUUCCAACUACUGCAUGGCGCAUGGAUUGGGUUGGAAGGUGUGCGAUUGGUGGAGCUCUGGAAGAAGCAUCACAAAUUAGAUUCGUUGUUUAUGGACAUUGAUGAGGCAUUGCAACCCAUAACUGAAACACUUGCAAAAGCGGAAAGUGAGCCGACCGUGCCCAAGGCUGAAGUGUUUUUUGAAGAAAUGGGGAUGGACAACGUCUUUGUUACCAAUACGACUCAGACGUUGUGCCAAGUCGAAGAGGCGCGUGUAGCCUCCAUUAGGGAAGUGCUUCAGCGAUACAAAAUUAUAGCGCGUACAUAA